GAUGACCAACAUCCUUCCUAAUCCUUGCAGGCUUAAAGGAGUCACAAGUGAUAGAUGUUUUAUAACAAUUAUAGUGCAGAUAAAUCAUCACUUCUGUAUGUUGGGGAAUAGAGACAAAUCAGCACCAGAGGGAGACCUAAACUAGCAAUGGACGCGUGAUCGUGGGUUAGGAUGGAGGUGCAGAAUGGUUACGAACAACAAUCUCUUAUAAAUUCAAUUCUAAAUGUCCAUAUUUUCGUAGUACAAAGUUGGAGCCUUGGAGGGUCAUUUUAUUAUUGAGUGUGAAAAAAUGGGGUAUCUAAGCAUGAAAUUUCUGUCAGUUUGGGUGUUUUUAUUGGCGACAACAAGUUUGGCCGAACAAAGCAAAGGCGAAACUUGUAGUUUCACCUUCUUUUCUUCCCUUGUUAGGCUGAUGCCUUGCAGGCCAUCGGUUGCUCCAUUCCGCCCCAUUCCGCCGACCGUGGCCUGUUGCAAUGCUGUCAAAACUCUCGGCCAGCCUUGCUUGUGUGUGCUUGUCAAUGGCCCUCCUAUUGCCGGCGUUGAUCGUGACUUGGCCAUGCUGUUGCCGGAGAAGUGCACUGCCAAUUUUGAUCCAUGUGAAAUCAUGAAAUAAAAAGAAGACAUUAUGAGUUCAAUAAUAAGAUGAUACGUGCAGGAAAUGAGGUCUAUUAAGCAUUAAUGUUAAUGGUCCACCUAAAUGUUUUACUUUCUUUUCUUCUAUACUAGCUUUGAUCUGUAAUAUCUAAAGUGAUUGUACUUUUUUUUU